AUGGGCUGCGUCAAGAGCAAGAAGGUGAAGGCGGCGGCGUGCCCCCAGCCGGAAGGCAACGGCCACAGCGGCCGGGGCAGCCCAUCGCCAGCUAAGGAUCAUCUCCCUAGUCAACCUUUGCCAGAAAACCCAGCCACUGGUGUGAGUGGCCCCUCAGGGCCCAGCAGCACAAGCAUCUCCGACCCCAGAGCCCGGCUUAAGGCCUAUAUAGACAACCACCCUGUAGUCAUCUUCAGCAAGUCCACGUGCAAGCGCUGUGCUGAGGUAAAGAAGUUAUUUAAGUCGAUGCAUGUUCCUUAUUUUUUGCUCGAACUUGAUCAAGCAGCAUUUGUCUUCCAUCUUACAUUCCAAGUUGGGGGUCCAAACCUCAGCUAUCGUUUGAAAGAAGAACUGAAGGAGGACUUGUCCUUUCCGUUUAAGAACAUUUCCUGA